UGAAAGCCACACAGGCCAUACCUCUUUCUGUCUCCCCUUCUGGGAUUUGACAUUUUUUUGGGAUUUUUUUUAUUUCUAUAUUUUUUAUUCGUAUAUAAAUUAAGAAAAAAGAUUAUUAUUAUUAUUAUUUAUUCUAUAAAAAAACAGAUUUUUUAAGAUCAAAUGGAAAGCAGAGACUUUGUCUGCGGAAAGAAUCUCAUGAUUGGAUGAUGGAGAAGAAAGUUUGAUUCCAUUUACUAAACCCCUCUGCCCUUUGUCUAUUCCAAAUUUCUUUUCUGUUUUUUACCAUUUGUUUUUGUUUUAAAAGUAAGAUAUAUAGUUUAUUUAUUUGUAUUAUCUCAGUCCAUCAUCUCCAGUUGAAUCAUUUUACCGGCUGAUCUCCUUUCAUCUCCUCCCAAUUGGGUUCUUUCUUUUUCUCUCUCUCUUUUAAAGAAGAUCGAAAACAAAGGAAUUGAAUUUGAUCUGAAGGGUUAAUAAAAAGAGGCAAAAAUGUCUCCUUCAAAUGCUAAUGGUGUAUCUGGAGGAGGAAAUGCUAAUAGCAAGAAUUACAUAGAGCAUCAGGUCUCCAAGUUGGAUACUCUCGCUGGUGUAGCCAUCAAGUAUGGAGUCGAGGUUGCUGACAUCAAAAGGUUAAAUGGAUUGGCUACUGAUCUUCAAAUGUUUGCUUUGAAGAAGUUACUCAUACCAUUGCCAGGAAGACAUCCUCCAUCUUCCAUUCUGUCCAGUGAUUCUGCUUCUCCAGGGGGAAACAGCCUUGAUAGAAGUCCACAGCAGCCACGCUACUCUAAUGUGUUGGAAUCAUUUGAGUCCUUGAGAUUCAAACCAACCCAGCAGAAGGUUUCUCCUGCUAUGAGUACUUUACGGGAUUAUUAUGGUCUCAAAUCUUUAAAUCACAAGGGUGCAACUGAAGGCACAGAGAUGGCUGUCUAUAGAACAGGAAGCUCAGAUCACCUGAAGGAGGGGUUGUUACAUAAAACUUCACCAAUCUCUGGAUCACCAUACCACAAUCUCAAAUCCCGAAAUACUUCUAACAGUUUAUUGCCCGAGGAUGGUAGUCUUAUGGUAGACUAUAUACCUCUUGCAGAAGCUGGAGAUGCAGAAGGUGAGAAAUCCAAUGAGAAAUCUGUUCGAAGACGCCAGAAAUCUGAAGCAGAUCCUAGAGCUGGCACACCAGAAAAGUUGCUGAAGGAAGAAAACAGUGGUGGAAGCAGUGAUUUCUCACCUGUAACGGGAAAGGGUUUAGCCAUGAGACCAAAAUCAGCAAGCAGAGCGGCACUGUCCAGUGAAACAGAAUCAGUAUGGUUAAAUUCUAUUCCAAUAGGUUUGGGGGAUUCUAUAAUGGCUGAUGGAAUGACUGGAGUUAGAAAAUCAUCGAGCACACCAAGUCUUCAUGACCAAGACAACAGUAAUCUCCCUUCUGUUUGGCCAUCUUCAAAAUGGAGUUUGAAAACUGACCUGCAGGCUCUUUCAACUGCAGCAAUUACUAUACCUAUAUUUGAUGGGUUACCAAAGCCCAUAUCUGGACGCAGAAGCAAAGCGGCCCUUGAUUAGCUUGAACUUUUGCACAAUUUCGUGGAAAUUUUUUUAUUGUCUACUUUGAUGUAAAUGGGAAUGGAAUAUCUAUGCCAACCAUUGUCAUGUCAUAUUGCUGCAAAAGUGCAUUUGAAAGAGGAGGAAAGCCAAGGAAACCUAACAGGGAAGAAAACACAGUAUCAGGUUAUAUGUUUGAAAGAGGAAGAAAAAGAAAAGCUGCAAGGAAGAACGUUAAAAUUGUCAUUUUCACAGCUUUCCAUUUUUCAUUUUUGACAUAAUCUCUGUUAUAUAAUGUAUACAAUACAACUACAAGAGCCAUUUGUCUUCUUCUCUUUU